UCAGUCACGCGUCCGGCCAGUGCACGAGUCCAGCACUGAACGCGCAACAGGUCACUAUUUCUGUCGGCAAGGAGUUUUGCCCUUUAUAGAGUCUGUUUUCAUUCGUUCUUACGGGGGUUGAGGAUUUUAAACAGGCAUCUAAUAGAGCAUAACUGUGGCCUGUAUUCGUUAUGAGGAGUUUUUGAUUUUUGGUUUCAUGUCUGGUCGGUCCAGCACUUCUGUCUGGCGAUGGCAAAGACAUCUUAUGCGCUUUUACUCCUCGACAUCCUCCUCACCUUCAACGUGGCUAAAGCGAUAGAGCUCAGGUUUGUACCUGAUCCUCCAACCUUGAACAUCACUGAGAAGACUAUCAAAAUCAAUGCUUCAGAUACACUUCAAAUCACAUGCAGGGGUCGUCAAAUUCUGGAGUGGUCCACACCUCACAACCGGACCAGCUCUGAAACCCGGCUCACUAUAUCCGACUGUAGUGGCGAUGGACUAUUCUGCAGCACUCUGACACUUUCCAAAGCUGUAGCCAAUGAGACAGGCGAAUACCGCUGCUUCUAUAAGAGCCUGCCAAAAGAGGAUGGGAAAACAUCUGUAGCUGUAUAUGUCUUCAUACAAGAUUACCGUACACCAUUUGUCCGAAUUGCUCAAGAUUAUGAUGUGGUAUUCAUUCGAGAGGGGGAACAGGUGGUCAUUCCCUGUCUGGUGUCUGUGGAGGACCUGAAUGUUACACUUUACACAAAGUAUCCAGUAAAAGAACUGUCCACUGAUGGGAAAGAGGUGAUCUGGGAUAGCAGGAGGGGCUUCAUCUUGCCCAGUCGUGUGGUCAGCUAUGCUGGAGUCGUCUACUGCCAAACCACUAUUCGAAACGAGACCUUUCAGUCCUCACCUUACAUUGUGGCUGUUGUAGGAUACAAGAUCUAUGACCUCACCCUGAGUCCACAGCAUGAGAGGCUGACGGUCGGAGAGAGACUCAUACUCAACUGCACCGCGCACACAGAGCUCAAUGUUGGAAUCGACUUCCAGUGGACCUUCCCUCAUGAGAAGAGAAGUGUCAACGGCUCAAUGUCGACCUCACGCUACAAGACCAGCUCCAACAAGAAAAAGCUGUGGAACUCAUUGGAGCUGUCCAAUACCCUCACUGUGGAGAAUGUGACUUUAAAUGACACUGGAGAGUAUAUUUGUACUGCUUCUAGUGGUCAGAUGCAGAAGAUUGCCCAAGCAUCCCUCAUAGUCUAUGAAAAGCCAUUUAUAGCACUCAGUGAUCAAUUGUGGCAGACUGUGGAGGCAAAGGCUGGCGAUGCAGAGGCAAAAAUCCUUGUUAAAUAUUACGCUUAUCCAGAGCCCGCUGUCAGAUGGUAUAAGAAUGAUCAGCUGAUCGUCUUGAGGGACGAGUACAGGAUGAAGUUCUACAGAGGAGUCCAUCUCACUAUAUAUGGAGUAACAGAGAAAGAUGCUGGGAAUUACACUGUUGUCAUGACAAAUAAGAUUACCAAAGAGGAGCAGAGAAGAACAUUUCAGCUCGUGGUUAAUGAUCUACCCAGGAUCUUUGAGAAGGAUGUGUCGUUGGAUCGUGAUGUCCACAUGUACGGCAGUAGCCCUACACUGACCUGCACCGCUAGUGGAGGAUCCAGCCCUGUCACAAUCAAAUGGCAAUGGAUGCCCAGAGAAGACUGUCCAGUCAGAUUUCUACCAAAAUCAGAUACGAGGAUGGCAAAGUGUGACAAAUGGAGGGAGAUGUCAAACAACACAGGAAAGAAUCCCCUCAUCAGCCAGACAUCUGUUGAUGAACGCACUCUCAAGACCAUCAGCACUCUGAAGAUCCAGAAAGCAGUGGAUCAUGCCCUAUACAGGUGCAUCGCUACCAAUAAGAUGGGUCAAGAUCAGCGAGUCAUUGUGUUUCAAGUAACUCGUUUUCUCAACCUAAGCGUCCUCCCCUCCAGCAGCCCUAUUGAAGGACAGGAUGUUAUAAUGCGUUGUGUAGCAGACCGGCUGCUGUACUAUAACUUGCGCUGGUAUCGGGUAGCAAAUGUAGCCAACCAUGAUCCACCUCCAGCAGCUGUGCCGUGUGAUACUCUCACACUGUCACACUUACACCAGCCCAACGUCACUGUUUCAGGCCUGCAGGGGACCAAUGUCACACUGGACAUGCCCAUACCCAAUGCCACAAUGAUGGACCAAGGCUUGUACGCUUGCCAGGUGGAGAUUGUGGGCACCAAUGAGAAAACCUGCUUACUUCACAAUCUCAGACUCAGAGCUCUUGAGAUGUCCAGAAUUGUGACUAAUCUGACGGACCAGAGAGUGAACGUAAGCGACUCCACCACUCUAGUGUGUGAAGUGUCCGGCACACCGACCCCUACUAUAGUCUGGACUAAAGACAACCAGACUGUUAUGGAGGGUUCAGGUGUAAUUCUGAAACGCUCAAAUCGUGUCUUGACCAUCCAGAGGGUGAAAAAAGAGGACAGUGGUCUGUACAUUUGUACAGCAUGCAACCAGCAGGGCUGUGAAUCCAGUGAGGCUCGUAUCUCUGUGGACGGUGCAGAAGAAAAGAUGAAUGUUGAGCUGAUCAUGCCUAUUGGUGCCGUGGUCAUUGCCAUGUUCCUCUGGCUCCUCAUCGUCUUCGUCAUCCGCAACAGGAAGCGGCCUAAUGAUGGAGAUCUGAAAACUGGCUACCUGUCAAUUAUUCUGGACUCAGAUGAUAUGCCAAUGGACGAGCACUGCGAGAGACUGACCUAUGAUGCAAGCAAGUGGGAAUUCCCACGAGAUAGACUGAAGCUGGGAGAGCCACUGGGCAGAGGGGCAUUUGGUCAAGUUGUGGAGGCGACUGCAUAUGGCAUCGAGAAGGCCACCACCUGCACCACAGUAGCAGUGAAGAUGCUCAAGGAGGGUGCUACCUCCAGUGAGUACCGCGCUCUGAUGUCUGAGCUGAAGAUCCUCAUCCAUAUAGGUCACCAUCUCAAUGUGGUCAACCUUCUAGGGGCCUGCACCAAACAAGGAGGACCCUUGAUGGUGAUUGUAGAGUACUGUAAACAUGGUAACCUCUCCAGCUAUUUGAAAAGCAAAAGAGGAGAGUACAGUCCAUACAAGAAACGGACACCACGAAUGCCAAACAGGAGGGAGGUUCAGCAGGAUGAGGAUCCACGUGAGGGGGAUCUGGGUCUGGGAACCAGCACUAGACUGGAUAUCUGCACCGGGACAGCUGUGUGCACCAGGACGGGGGAACAGACCUACAAAACGCUGCAGGAUGAGCAGGAGAGUUCAGACUGGGAUCAUCUGACAAUGGAGGACCUUAUCAGCUAUAGCUUCCAGGUGGCCAAAGGCAUGGAGUUUCUGGCCUCUCGAAAGUGUAUCCAUCGUGACUUGGCAGCCAGAAAUAUCCUACUCUCUGAAAACAGUGUGGUGAAAAUCUGUGACUUUGGGCUUGCCAGAGACGUGUAUAAAGACCCUGAUUACGUUCGUAAAGGAGAUGCUCGUCUUCCUCUCAAAUGGAUGGCUCCUGAGACCAUCUUUGACCGCGUGUACACAACACAGAGUGACGUCUGGUCUUUCGGCGUGCUGCUCUGGGAGAUCUUCUCACUUGGUGCAUCUCCAUAUCCAGGUGUGUGCAUUGAUGAGUCUUUCUGCAGGCGACUUAAAGAGGGAACCAGAAUGAGAGCUCCAGAUUACGCCACGCCUGAAAUAUACCAGACCAUGCUGGACUGCUGGCUUGAUCGACCUUUAGACAGGCCAACUUUUACUCAGUUAGUUGAGCAUCUGGGUAAUCUGCUACAAGCUAGUGCUCAACAGGAUGGAAAAGACUACAUCCCGCUGACAAACGGAGAGAUGGAGGAGGAACUGGUGGCUCCUCACCUAAAUGUGACGUCUAAAAGAUCUUUCUACGCCGGCAACACAGAGGCACAGCUCCACUAUGAUAACGCUCCGCCUCUCGGGUUUCCUCAGCAGAUGAAUAGCAGUGGUGUGCCAGUGAAUAUGACAGGUUUUGUGGACAUUCCCCUGGAGCAUACCACUGUAAUGGAUGGCCACGUGGACUGUGGAGUGGGUUUAUCACGUGAACAGAUGAAAGCUUUGGAUCGUCAGGCACAAAGGCCACUCAAUUUCAGCCCAUUACUGCGCUGCAAGAGUAAAGAGUCUUUAGCUUCUGAAUCGUCCAAUCAGACCAGCGGCUAUCAGUCUGGCUACCAUUCUGACGAUGCAGAAGCCCCGAUAUACGCCAACGAGGAGAUGAUCCUGAAGAGAGACAUUCGUAAGAAACCACCUCUGCCUAAGAGAAACGACAAGUUCAGUGCAGAGGUCCGUUAUAGUGCACCUCCAGUUUAACAUCUACAGAGCUUCAAACCGUCUUCCUCUGUUUGGUGUUUACAACUGUAAUGUAUCAGUUCAGCCAACUAUGACAAUUCAGACAUCAUUUACUUACCCUUGUGUUUAAAAACAAUGCAGAGCUGCACAACUUUGCUUUUAUUUUUUUAAUUUAUUUUUUUAUUUUAUUUUUUUUAACUACAAUGAUAACAAUUCCUCAACAAACCUAAAUGGCUAGCUAACAAAGCAGCAUCAUGAAAUGAACUAUUCUUUAAUUUGAAUGACAUAUGUUAAACAAAUUGGCUGAGUAAAUAAUUCAAGACGCACUCAGGUCCUGUUUGCACUUGGUUUUAGGAUGCGUUUUUAUUAGUUUGAUUACAAAUGGACGAUGCUAAAUGCAGGACUAAAUGGGGUCUAAAAGGAUUUAAAGAAUCUAAAAAUGAAAUAGUAAUUAUUGAAAUUUUUUGAGUAAUAUGCUAAUGGUCUAACCUGAUUCAAUGGAGUCAAAAAAAGUGUUCCUGCCCACAUGGAGCUGCUAGCAAUUUUGGACGAUAUGAAAAAAGUUGAGUUUGAGCAGCCUGCUAGUAAUGUUUGUACUAAUAAAGCAGAUCUCUGGGGCCCACAAAGUUUGUGGGCCCUUAGAAUCAUCCUAACUUACCACCGCUUAACCAGAACCAGCAAUAGGCUGAAUGGAUUAAAAAAAAUGGCAAACUCAAUCUGUUAACUCUAGGGGACUUAUAAAAUGAGCCUAUUUCCAAAAAAGGCUUAUCCACUUUCAAAACACAUAUUGACUAAAUUGCUCUGGUGUAAAUGCUCAUGUGGUUGAAUGUGCCACAAAAGAGCCCUCUGAACUAAUACUCAAACAUUGUGGAAUGUGCUGUGUAAGUGCACCAGACAGACAAGAUUUUAACUUUGCUGUCUGAAAUCAUGGGUCUCUUCUUGUUAUCUAAUAUGCAGUACAUAAAUACUUCACUUCUUUUAUCACUGGAUGAAUCAUCGUUUUUGAAUGAAUCAUUUAAACAAAUGUUUCAGUGACUAAUAGAUAAAGUUAUUGGUUUGACAUUUUUUUAAACAUUAUUGUUUUAUAAAUCAGUUUUAUU